GUGUAUUAACCGGACUCCUCAAAUCGAAUUGGAAUAGAAUAAAAAUAAAAUUCUAUAUUGAAGAAUUAUGUACAAAGUGUUAAUGAAUUGCUCAACCUUGUAAUGAUCAGUUCCUGUGUGGGAUUACCGACGGAUUAAUACUACGAAGCAGGAGGAAUCGCGGAAGAUGUGUUCCGAACCGUUACCAAAAGAGUUCGAAAAGACCUCCGAUGUUUUACCAUUUACAAAAUAUGGAGUAUCUACGUUGGAAGAGUUCAAAAAGGCUGAAGAAACAGUGCAUCAUUUAGAAUGGCUAAAGAAAGUGGGUUUAACGAAUGAGGAAAUAAAACUGUAUCAAGACGAUGUAGCAGGCCUUCUAGAUCAGCGGCAGAAGAUAGAAUCCGGUGUUUUGAAUAGCCAAUUAGAGGUGAUACAUAAGAAAAUAAAUGAUUAUCAGAAUAAAGCAGGAAGUUCAGAUCAAUGUGAUAACCAACCAAGCACCUCAAAACAACAGGGAACAGAUAUUUUACAAAGAAUACAUAAGAAACCAGUAAAAUUCUACCAGGAAGGCCAUCCUAUGCAUGAAUUAAAAGAUAUAGAAGAUAAUCUAUUUAGCCACUUGAAAGAUGACAACAUAAUUCCUAUUACUAAGCGGCGGAAAAUCUUACGGCGCCUAGAACGUAAGAAAGAAAGAGUGCUUGCGCAAAGUAUAGAAGUUGGUACUGUACCUAAUGUGUCCAAGCCUCCGAAGCCGGGCAGCCUGUGGGAUGUUAAAGAAGUCCCAAACGGACUCAAACCGGAGACUUCAAAAAGCAAUCAGAUAAUUGGACCUAAGAAACAGACUAUGUAUACUAUUAAAGAUAACAAGAUUAUGCGGUUGGAGCCUGUGCGGCAAGAGGAACGGCCCGAUGAAUAUCAGGCAGUAGAUAUAGUGGUGCCGGUCAAUGCCGCAGAGGAACAUUUGUUGGAGGGAACUAAAAUGUGUGUUGAUGAUAUUAAGAAGAUUGAGAGGUUUAAAGAUUACGAGCCAGGCAUACCUUCUAAGGUACUCUACCUAAAGAAUAUCGCCCCGGCGGUGACGCAGGAGCAACUGUCUCUCUUGUUCAACCAGUUUGUGCUGGACAACGGCGGGCCCGUGGACAUCCGACUGAUGACCGGACGGAUGAGGGGACAGGCGUUUGUGGCGUUUCAAAAUGAGGACGUGGCGAUACAGGCGAUGCAGGAAGUGAAUGGCACCAUCCUGAGCGGGCGGCCCGUCAUCGCGCAGUUCGGCCGCAACAGCAACCGGAUAGACGACAGAUAAACCGGCAACAAACACUUUUACAACCACA